AUGGGUGAAUCCAGGCAGGAACUGCUGGCUUGGUUGAACAACCUGCUGCAGCUGAAUUUGACCAAGAUCGAGCAAUGCGGAACUGGUGCGGCACUUUGCCAGGUCUUCGAUUCCAUCUUCAUGGAUGUGCCUAUGUCCCGGGUCAAGUUCAACGUGAACACUGAAUACGCCUACUUGCAAAACUUCAAGGUUCUCCAGAAUCUUUUCGCGCGCCACCAGGUGGACAAGCCUAUUCCUGUCCAAUCCCUCACGAAGUGCCGCAUGCAGGACAACCUUGAAUUCCUCCAGUGGACCAAGAGAUACUGGGACCAGCACUAUCCCGGUGGAGAUUACGAUGCGGUCGGUCGGCGCAAGGCCUCAGGUGCCCCCGCGGGUGCUCCCACUGCGCGUGCCCCGUCUGCGGGUAGCUCCCGCCGCGGUGUGACUCCCACCACUGCCGCCCCCCGUGCACCCCGCGUUUCUGGUGCAGCUGCUGGUGGAGCCGCAGCCUCGGCGUUGCAGCAGGAGGUUUCAGCGCAGAAGGAGGCGAUCGCCGGACUCGAGAAGGAGCGGGACUUCUAUUUUGCCAAGCUGCGUGACAUUGAGCUGCUGCUGCAGAGCGCCAUUGAGGCGGACCCGGAGCUGGAGAAGGAGGAGGACACGCUGGUGAAGCACAUUCAGGGCAUUCUGUACUCGACCGAGGAGGGAUUCGAGAUCCCCGCCGAGGCGGAAGAGGGUGCGGCCGACGAGCUCGAGACCUUCUAA